AUGGUUUCAGACGCGCGCUCUGAGCCGCCUUUCCCCCUGGAGCGCCUUCCCGACGACAUGCUCGCGCUCGUCCUCCGCUCGUUCUCGCAGACCUCCUUCCGCCACGCGCUCGUUUCCAAGCGCUGGCUCCGCCUUUCCGCGUCCGCGCUCUCCCACUUGACCGUUCAGCAUCGCGGGUUUAAAUCGAAUGAUGAUUCUAUAUUUGAGACACAUCCCUUUGAGGUCGACCGCAACGCGGAGCUUGCGUGGCUUCCGUUUCCGCACCUUCUUUCCGCGCUCCGCCGCUUCCCCGCCCUCACGCACGUGUCGCUGGGCAGCUUUUCCAUCUUAUCCGCCGACGGCGACGCGCUCUUCCAAUGUCUGGCCGCCACGUGUCCGCGACUGCUCCAUCUAACGGUGGAGCAUCAGUUUAAAAUGUCGGUUACAGUAGACGGCCUCGCGUCGCUCUUCCAUGGAUGCCGCAAGCUAAGGGAACUCCGGCUAUUCACCACCAACGACCUCCCGCAUCUCCCGGCGUCCCUCUCGCUCCUCACAGAUCUCCAAACCCUCCACGUGUGCUCGCAUACUCGCUAUGGCCACGACUCGUUACAGGAGCUCGUUUCGCCGCCCGAGAGCAUCGGCGCGCUGCAGCAGCUGCGCGAGUUGGGGAUCGGCCCGCUGACCCCACCAACCUUCCCUGGAGGAUCCGGAAGUGAGUCUGGAAGUGAGUCGGGGUCCCUCACCCUGGCUGAAAUAAUGCACUGUGAGUCUGGAGAAAUCACCGAACAACACCCGGGCCUAGUAUCCCUCACCGAACUAGAAGUUUCCCACUGCCCGCUCAUCUCUUCCCUCCCAGAAAACUUCUCCUUCCCUGCCCUUCACACGCUCACCCUACACUCCCUGGGCAACGUGAAUAAUCUCUUGGACUUAUCAGGCAAGGACCUGCCCAAACUGCAACAUCUGGAUUUGGAGGGGGUGGGGGGCGACUCAGCCUUGUCUCCGGUUGAAUGUCUUCCUGGUGUGCGGGCGGGGAGAAUGUGGCUGCUGCUGCAUGACAAGCCUCUUUUUCUGCUUCUGAGGCUGUUGGAUUCACUGCUGCAGCUGGCUCUGCUGUCAAUGAAUAAUGGCUGUUCUGUGCUGCAGGGUGCCUGCACUUGGACGGUUGGCUUAGCUCGGCAAUCGUGCGUGUUAGCAUACGGGUGGUGUGUCCGGGAGAUGGAAGAGAACAGCCCGCUUGUUGGGAGUCGUGAUCACUUGUGA